GCACAUUUAAGGUAACUUUUACCUUCUCUGAAGACGAGACAAACUCGUCGCUACUAUUUGACAACGUAAAAGUAAUUAAAUUGACUAUUUAUGCUGAAAAAUAUAACUGAAGUAAAUGGUACCGUGUAACGAUAUCAUUAGCUACAACGCUGCUAGCGUCCCUGCCGUAUAAACCCAUUGUUAGCUAACGGCUCGGUGAACGCGGCAUCGACUUAAGAGCAGCUGUCACUUACAGUGUAACCAUAAUAGUUAAUGUAUAUGACCUUAAAACAAUGACAGAGAGCAUUGAAAGUAUCAGUAGAAAAUGGCGCAAAAGGAGGUUUCGAUUGAUGGAGGGGUGGGUUUUGUGGCGGCGGAGGAGGAGGGGGGGCGGUACCCCCACAGAUUGUUGCUUGUUGGAGGAGCGACGCGGCCAUGGAGGCUCCUCACCUCACUCAGGAGAUCACUGUGAAGAUGGAGGAGCCAGCAACAGAAAAGACCAUAGGCCCAUGCUGCGACAUCAUCUCACUGGUAUCCGAGGAUGAGAUGAUGGAUGUGACAGAAGAGAGUCAAAUGAGUGAGGAGCAAAAGAAAGACAGAGUAGACAGGGAUGGUUUCCACUUCACUGAGACAUUGCUGAGCAGCAUGAGAACUUACUGUGAAGGUCAGGUGGGCUUCUCUGACCUUCCCCUGGACACCAUCUGGACUCGGGCUCGAGUCAAAGACCUAGCUCGAAUGUGUGUGCACUCCCCCUACUGCCUCUAUCUCAUUGAGAUGAAGAAGCUGAAGGUGGAGCAAGGCACCAUCCUUGUCUUAGUAGGCUACCUGGACCAGAGCCGAGGGAUCCACGUGGUUCGUGUGCUGGGGUCUCUGAAGGUGGCCACUGUCGAGCCCUUCGUCAUCCCAGAAGCUUUGGAGAAGUUGCUGAAGGAGACUCUCGGGGCAGCCUUGUCCAACCUGUGUUUGUUUUACAGCAACUGUGACAUGUUUGAGUCCUGGCUCAAGUCUCUCAGCCCCUCCAUGAUCUCUGUUUGCCGGCUACCUGACAUGCUCGGAAAAGCCUGCCUGACGGCCCUCCUAGGCUCCUUUAACGGCGUUGUGGACUUUGUGGGAGACAUUGACGCCUACUCACGGCUCUCCUCAGCUAGCGAUGUUCUUAAACUGAUCUUUGCUAAGCCUCCCGUGAAAGCUUUUAGUCCCAUCUCAGAGAACUUCUUGUUUCUUGUCCGCUCCAUACAGAGAGUGGUGGCAAGCUGGGGGGAGCUGAUGCAGAAUUUAAAAAUCUGUGGUAAACAGAACAAAGCCCGGCUGAUGGAUGCUCAUUUCAAGCUGCGGUUCCUGUUUCUCUCCGAGGCUCUGGAGCCUCUCCGAGACCUGGCCACGCAAGGCGGCGGGGCAGACCUGGCCACGGAGCUGCGGCUGGCGUCCGUGCUACUUCGAUCCUAUGCCGUCGCGCUCCUCCGCCCGCCCGCAGCCGCACGCUUUAUCCAAAGGCCUGACCUGUCCCUCCUGCACAACAAAGCAGAGCUGCUCCCCACAGCAGAGGUGACAUUCGGCGAUGGUGUUCGCGACUACCUGCAGACUGUGAACCUAGGAGAAGAGGAGCGUCUCAACUUCCUGAAGGAUGUGGCGGCCUUUUACACAGCAGUACUGGAGAGUUUCACACAGAGUAUUCCUGAACGCUUUGGAGACGUGGUGCUGAGGAACAUCAAUUCAGUACACAAAUUCCCAGAAGACGUCGACUUGUCAGGUCACGUGAUGUCAGAUAUGGGGAGGGAGCUGGGUCUCUGUGAGGCGGGUUCUGCUGAUGCCCGGCAGUUGGAGGAUGAUUUCCUGACUUUGGUCAAAUUGCUGGAGGAGCAUCGCAGCAAAGGAGCUACUGACUGUUGGGUCAAUACGUUGGCCGCCAUAAGUCCUGGCACUGUGCUACAUCGCCUCCUCCUGACCCUGCUGGCCCUGCCAAGCUCUCUGAACAUGAAGCAGCUUUUGGUUCAGGUUUUCACCAGUGCCAGGGUUCUGACCAGCUGCCAGGGCGCAGAGGAAGUAUCCAGAACAACUUCACUCCCACCAAACGGGUGUCCACAAACUCUGCACAGACCGGGGGUCCUGACCGGAAUUGGAGAAAAGAUUCAGACACGUGGAAGGAGUCUAUGGGACCUAAGCGAUACUGACUCCACAGACACAGACAAUUCAUCGGACUUGAUUGACAUCACACCACAUGUGGAAAGAUCACCCAAGGCGAAACAUGGGUCCCCUAUAGCUCUGGGCCAGGUUAUACACGUGCUUAGCAGUGAGGACGAUAAUGUCCAAGUCACCAGCAAGUCCACAAGCUCGACUAGAAAAUUCAGCGCUGGUGAGCUGGUCUGGGGGCAGUUAGAGAGUUACGCUCUAUGGCCGGCUGUGGUCUUAUCCUACCAGCAGGAUCAGGACUUUCCAGAUAGCAAGAUGGUGUCGUGGUACGGCCGCUGUAUAUUUUGUCAGGUGAGCGAGGGCACGCUGAAACCGUUUGGCGACUUCAGAGAGAACUUUUGCCCCCGGUCCUUCAGCAUCCUGGACUCGUACAAGAAGGCUAUUGAGUUGUCUCUGCAGGAGGCAGCUCUGCGCUGUAAGAAGACAUUUCCUUCGUCUCCACAUGACCAUUAUGACAUGAUGAAGCGGAUGUUGGACUGGGCCUUUGGAGGCUUUCAACCCACCGGACCAAAUGGAUUCAAUCCUGUGCACGUCGGGAACGGUAUGGCAGAGCCAAACAUCACACUGCAGGAAAAAAGGGAGAGCCCCGCCCCCAGCGUCACAGACGCUGAAGUGAAGGAAGCAUGCAUCUCCUUGAGCAAGCUGUCGCCACAUGACUCCAGCGACCAGUCCACUCCCAAAAGCACGGGAAAGCGUAAAAAGGUGAAGCGGGUUGCGAAGUCCAGCUCCAGAAAACAGGCGGACCAGUGGGACCAAGAGGAGGAUGAGUGGGAGAAGGGCAAAGCGGGUCGGAGGACGUCCAAUUCAGAGAACGUUUUGGGGAGCUUGAUGUUUGACGGUGACCCCUCGACAGACUAUGUGCCCAAGAGGAGAGCCUUUGCCAAGUACAAUAAGGUCAACCGGUCCACCAGCGCCACAUACACUCAGCCGGACCAGAAGCUCAGAGAGGAGGCCAUUCAGAGUAUCUUGGACUUGGACCUAGACAUCGAAGACUUCUGUUUGUGUUGUGGAUUGGAGACUGUGGAGAUCUUCCAUCCUCUGUUCAAAGGAGGUCUCUGCUCGGAGUGCAAGGACAACUUCACAGAGACCUUGUAUCGUUACGAUGACGAUGGCUACCAGUCCUACUGCACCAUCUGCUGCUACGGCAUGGAGGUCCUCCUGUGCGGCAACGAUGGCUGCUGCAGGUCCUACUGUGAAGACUGUCUGGACAUCCUGGUAGGUCACGGGACGUUUGAUUCGCUCAAGGAUGUCGAUCCGUGGAUCUGCUACCUGUGCCAGGACCACCGAGCCCACAGGGCCCUCAUUCCCAGAGAGGACUGGAGCAUUCAGGUCCAGCAGUUUUUCGCCAAUAACAGCGCCAUGGAGUUUGAGCCCCACCGUGUUUACCCAUCGAUCCCUGCCAACCUACGCAAACCCCUCCGAGUUCUUUCGCUUUUUGACGGCAUCGGCACAGGCUACUUGGUGUUGAAGGAGCUCGGCUUUAAAAUAGAGACCUAUGUCGCCUCCGAGAUUUGUGAGGAUUCCAUCGCCAUUGCGACGGUCAACCACGACAGGAAGAUCAAACACGUUGGUGACACCCGCGACAUCACCAAGCAGCUCAUCGAGGAGUGGGGUCCGUUUGACCUGCUGAUUGGUGGGAGCCCCUGUAACGACCUCUCCAUCGUCAACCCAAACAGGAAAGGAAUCUACGAGGGCUCUGGAAGGCUCUUCUUCGACUACUACCGCAUCCUGCAGCUGCUGAAGCCCAAAGAAGAAGACAACAGGCCGUUCUUCUGGCUCUUUGAGAACGUGGUCUUCAUGAACGUGCACGACAAAGUCAACAUCUGCCGCUUCCUCGAGUGCAACCCGGUCCUGGUGGACGCCGUCACAGUCAGCCCAGCCCACCGAGCUCGUUACUUCUGGGGGAACAUCCCGGGCAUGAGCAGGCCCACCGCAGCCUCCCAAAGCGACAAGCUACAUCUCCAGGACUGUUUGGAGGUCGGCAGGGAAGCCAGGGUCACCAAAGUGAGAACCAUCACCUCAAACUUCAACUCUUUGAAGCAGGGCAAACGUUGCUCUCUACUUCCUGUCCUCUGUAACGGCAAAGAGGACAACCUGUGGGUCACCGAGCUUGAAAAGAUCUUCGGCUUCCCUAAACACUACACGGAUGUGAGGAACAUGAGCCGCCUAAAGAGGCAGAAGGUUCUGGGCAAGUCCUGGAGCGUCCCUGUCAUUCGACACCUUUUGGCUCCACUCAAGGACUACUUUGCCUGUGAGGAGCUCACUCCUUUGACCAGCGUGUCCAGCGCCUGUGUCCCCUCGCCCUCCUUCUCCCCCCUCAGGUAGAAGACGCUUGGUUGCAGCGAGCUUGGUUUUUUUUGUACAGGCAAGACAAACCAUGUCUUUUUUUGGGGCGACAUUGACGUUCUGUUGACCCCCUGAAGAGCAAAGUCAUUACAAGUGAUUGGGUCAAGUGUACACAAUGGAUACUACAGUGUAUCUUUUUUUGGUCUUUCUCCUAAUAUGGGAAGGCCUAGAGUCGUCCUUUGUUGCUGUUUCCCCUUAAUAUCACCAUGCAAGCAAAAGGAACUAUUUAAACUAUUUACCGAUUUUAUUGUUGAAGGAAAAUCACACUUCUUACACAUUAAAAUAUUUGAUGGAAGCUUUGUGUUUCGUCCCCAAACCCCCGCCCACCCCAUUUUUUUUUACAUUUCAUUGUUUAUUUGUUUUUUACAUGUUUUAUUGAUGUCUUUACUGUGGUUUUGGAGCCGUGGGGGAUGACAGCACAGAGUGGAUACACUUCAGGUUCAGUCUGACAUUAAAUAUUGUAUCAUAUUAAUACAGUAUACUAAUGUCUAUUUUAUGUUAAAUUGGGGACAAAAUAAAUUCUGCAAAUUAUAAAAAAGACAUUGUGUAUAUUUAAUA